UACCGGUACGAGCCUCAGUCUCAGGUACGGUGCUGGACAUUCGUGACAUUAACAGUAAAAAACAAUAAAAAGUUUCCGAUCCAUUGUUCGCUGUUGCGUUGCAGCUUGGUUGUGGGUGAAAAUCCUGUUGUUGAAACCGUGCGUGUGUGUGUGUGUGAUUGUGCUCAAUUUCCAGUGUUUUCCGGUGGUUGAAAAAAAGAAAAGAAAACAAAAACAUGAGCAACCGUCAAGUUCGGCGCUUCGGGCAGCUGUCACUCGUGGCGCUGCUGGCACUGGUUGCCGCCGCGGCCGGCCAGCUCUCCUUCCACAACGAUCCAUCCCAGAACAGCUUCUCGAUCAAGCUGCCCUCCUUCCAGCAAUCGUUCACGCGCUACUUCGGCAAUCAACCGCAGGGUGCCCUGCUCCAGCAACAGCAGCAGCAGCAGCAGCAGCAGCAGCAACAGAUUCCCAGCACACUGUCCCAUCCAUCGCUGAUCGGCACCCAGGCACAGGCCUAUCAGCAGCAGCAGCAGCAGCAGCAGCAGCCCAUAUACUAUCAGCCGCAGGCGCAGCAGCAACCUCAGCACGAAAGUCUGAACCGCUACGUCGCCCAGUUCCCGGACCAGCCGCACUACACCGUCCAGGAGAACUACAUCAAUCCCAACAUUCGGAUGCGGCUGCAGCAGCAGCGCCUUCUGCAGCAGCAGCAGCAGCAGCAGCAGCAGUACGCCGCCCCACAGCCCAACAAGUAUGCCACCUUCACCAGCUUCGGUGCUCAGCCGACGGCCCCAGACGCCACCGUCUACGCAGGGAACAAUCAGCAGCAGCAGCCACAGUACGAGUACGUCCAGCAGACGGGCGAGGGCCAGCAGGAGCAGACCCAGUACCAGCAGCAGCAGCCGUCCUAUUCCGUACGGGGGCAGCAGGCUCCCCAGCCCGGCACGGAGACGGACGCGUCCACCAACGCGGCCAAGCUGAUCGGCGUUGCCUUUUCGCCCUCGAACGAGGUGUCGCAGGUGAAGUUUAGCAGUGCGGGCCUCAAGUACAACUUCUAGAUGCGCAAAGGUGCGGCCCAACCCCCCUGGUCUGGGCUGGUGGUUAGUGUUAAUGUUUCGAAUAAAAUUAUUACCUGUUU